AUGCGAAUUAUUGAAACUACCUCGAUAUUUACACUCUUUCAUUUAGUAUUCGAAAAUGCCGAAACGCUAUUCAUAUCUGAAGUGUAUCUGUUACUGGAGUGUCGACGUCAUCAGUCAGAGUCGAUGGAUGAUAACUUUUACAUGUCCGAGUUCGUCAUGAAGACAUUCGAUUACACACAAGAGAUCGGCAAGUUCAAAAACCGUGACACGAUCCGCGCUCUCAGACAACUACUUAGCGCGAAAAAUCUGCAUAAGUUCGAGAUUGCUCAACUAGCGAAUUUAUGUCCAGAAACUGCAGAAGAAGCAAAGGCACUAAUUCCGAGGUAUGAACUGUACUUGUUCGAAAUUACUGUGCAAAAGAUCGAUAUAUAG